AGUUUGAUUAGUCAAUAUUGGGAUUUCGUGGAAAGUGGUUGAACGAACGGAAUAUUGUAUUGCAAAGCGAUAAAAGUAAAAACGGUCGUUUUAAAAUUUUUGGUGAAAAUUCUAAGUAAAAAAUAAUCAAAACAAAUGAAAUUAAAGUUUUAAGUGAAAUCAUAAGAAAGAAAAUAAAAGUUGAAAGAAAAAUUGGUUUAAAGAAAACUAAAGUGGAAAUUAGAAAGGAAGUUAAAGCAAAAAAAGAGAAACGGAAAUUAAAUUAUUAUUAAAACAGGAAAUAACAAGGAAAAAGUGCAAAAAUAUUUAUUGAAAAUUAAGUGUUGGUUGUUAAAGAAAACAACAAAAAAUGAUGACAAAUUAAAAUAUUUGUACAAAAUCCUGUAAAUGUCUAAAAAAGUAAUUAAAUUGAAAAAAUUUUCAUAUUAAAAGAAAAUUUGAAAUUGUCUUUAAAAUUUGUAACUUGUAAAGUGAUUUGAAAAAACACAAAAUUUUUUUGGCGCCUUUCAAAAGAAAACAAAAUUUAAAAAUUAUUAAUUAAAAGGUUGUGAAAUAUUUGCAAAAAUAAAGUGUUUUUUUAAACAAAGUUAACAAAAAAAAAUAUUUACAAAAAUGCAAAAAUAACUUGUGUAUAACAUUUGAAAAAUUUAGUGAAUUGCUGCUGCUUUAACCCUAAAACAAUACCUUACCAAACCACCCCUAAUUUAAGCGGCACUAUUUUAAUAGAUUAAAAAAAUCUGAUUAUGGAGGACGAAUUACGUUGCCCUACUUGCAAACAGCUCUUUGCUAAUCCCGUUUUGCUGCCUUGUUUUCAUGCUCUGUGUUUGGGUUGUGCUCUGGAUAUACAAACACCCUAUACACCGGGAGCCAUAUUAGCUUCGGUUACUGGCGGUUCAGCCUCUUUAAAUGGUGGCACCAUACACAGUGUAGCCGCCACCAUACAUCCACAUCCUUCGGGUGCAGCCUCCAAUCAUCAUACACACUCCCAUACACACGCUGCCACUAGACAUUCAUCAAAUUCUUCUGCAGCCAGUACUGCCAGUUCGGCUACCGGUUCUGAAUCGGUUACAUCCGAUCAAGAUCAAGCCGAUAAAGUUAGCAUUUUAAGUGAAGCAGAUUCGGGUGUUGUUUGCUGUUCUAAUACUUCACGUCCCGUAUCCUACGCUGGUACUGGUCAUAUACAAGGAUUAUUGCAAGGUGCUGCCUCUGCACCACCUGGUGCUGCUUACAGCCUCACUUGUCCUUUGUGUCGUAAAAUUGUUUUCUUUGACGAGGGUGGUGUACGCAACUUACCACCCUAUCGUGCCAUGGAAUCUAUUGUAGAUCGUUUCUGUGCUCGCGAAGCUUUACGCUGUCAAAUGUGCGAAACAGAUCCUAAAGUGGCUUCGUUAGUGUGUGAACAAUGUGAAAUACGUUAUUGCGAUGCUUGUCGUGAACUAUGCCACCCGGCUAGGGGUCCUUUGGCCAAACAUAAUUUGGUUAAGCCAAAGGGUGCCGCUCAACAGCGUGAAUCGGUUUGUGGUGAACAUGAAGAUAUUUUGUCAAUGUAUUGUCUUACAUGCAAGAUGCCAGCUUGUCCGGAGUGUAUUAAUGAUCAGCGUCAUCCCCAGCAUGAAGUUCAACCGAUCAGCACUACUUGUAAAGCUCAAAAGACGGAACUUUCACACAAUCUGCAACAAUUGUCAGAGAAGGCACGUUCAACAACAGAAUUUAUACAACGGCUAAAGGGCAUGAGUGAUAAAGUGACGGAAUCCUGCAUAGAAUUUGAAAGACUGGUGGCCGCACAAUGUGAAGCCCUAAUACAAGCCAUACAUGAUAGACGUGAAUAUUUAUUAGAAGCAAUACGCAUGGAUAAAGAUACUAAAAUACGAAUAUUAAAGGAUCAACAAUCAAAUUGUACUGGAAAAUUACAACAAACUACAGGUCUAAUACAAUUCUGUAUUGAGGCAUUAAAAGAGACUGAUAGUGCUGCAUUUUUACAGGUCGGUUCCAUGUUAAUAAAUCGCGUAGCCAACACCGAUAUGACUUGGCAUCAGGAAGUAACAAAUGCUGCACCCCGUGUUUCACCCAUAGUCGAUUUAACCCUCGAUGAUGCUUCCGUUUUACGAGCGAUUGAUAAUUUAAAUUUUAUACAAAUGAAACCUGCUAAAGAUGGCGAUGAAAGAUUACCAGCAGCUCCACAACCUCCUGCAAUUAUACCACAAGAUUGUUCAGCGGAAAAUAAUUCAGUUACCGUGGCGUGGCAGGCGCCAAAUCAUUCAUUUGUUGAGGGUUACGUUUUAGAACUAGACGAUGGCAGCGGUGGAGAAUUUAGGGAAGUUUAUUGUGGCAAAGAAACAAUAUGCACCGUUGAUGGUUUACAUUUUAAUUCAAUGUACAAUGCUCGUGUCAAGGCUUUCAAUAGUGCUGGAGAAGGUGAAUACUCUGAACUUAUUGGAUUACAAACGGCUGAAGUUGCCUGGUUUACAUUUGAUCCGGUUUUAAGCGGUGGUCCUGGUUCUGGUCUCAUCUUUAGUAAUAACAAUUCAACUGUCUCCGUUGAAGGCUGGGAACAUCGUGUUGCAUUGGGUUCUGUGGGUUUUUCACGUGGCAUACACUAUUGGGAAUUUACCAUUGACAAUUAUACAGCUGAUACAGAUCCUGCCUUUGGUGUGGCACGCAUCGAUGUUAAUCGUAAUAAAAUGUUGGGUAAAGAUGAAAAAUCAUUUGCCAUGUACAUUGAUCGUCAACGUUCUUGGUUCCAACAUAAUUCAGUGCAUGAAAGACGCGUUGAGGGUGGCAUUAGCACCGGCAGCACCAUCGGUGUUUUACUCAAUUUAGAAAGACACACUUUAAGUUUUCUGGUUAAUGGCAUGCCUCAAGGUUCUAUAGCGUUUCGUGAUUUAUAUGGUGUCUUCUAUCCAGCUGUUAGUAUUAAUCGUGGUGUCACUCUAACCAUGCACUCAGCCUUGGAUGCACCACAAAUGGAUUAUUUUUAAACAAUGGACAAAAAAACAGAGAUUUUCUAAUGACAACAAAUCAUAAUGUAAAUAGUUGAACCUAAAAAGUAAAAGGAUUUUCUAAAUUAAUGUAAUUUUUUUAGGCUAGAUUCUGUAUGUAAAUUGAAAUUAUUUUUUUUUUCUUUUGCCUAAGAUUAAUAUAUAAAUGUUUAUUAAAUUAGUUGUAGUAGUUACAUAUCUAAUAUAUCAAAAUAUAUAUAUAAAUAGAAAUAUUUUUGAAAUUUUCAAAAUUUGCCUAAAAUUGCAUAAAAUUAGAAAGUAUAAUAAAAUGAAAACUAAAUUUGGAAGGAAAGAAAUUUUAAAAUUAAUUUUAAGCCAAGAAAAAAAAACAUAAUAACAAGUUAGUAAUUUAAAAUCAAAGUUUAGCAUAAAUGUAGGUAUUAGUUGU